ACAGGAGCCAGAAACAUUGCUGCUGCUUACAGCUUGCUUAUUCUUCUGCUGUUUGCCUCCCUGGGUUGGUUGUGUGGUUUUUGCAACUUUACUGAGAUCGUUUUAUGCCAUUUUUAUCUCCCUGCAGUGAAGGUGUGAAGCUUUCAGAUCAACAUGUCUUUUGUGCCAGACUGCCAGACCUUGAUUGCUGAAAUGGUUAAGGGUGAUUUUCCUUGCUAUCAGCUGUGCUGGAAGUAUCCAACGCCUCCUGUGAAUUGACUGAAAAGCUGUAGGCCUGUUAAGGAAAGCUACAGUCAGCAUUUAACUCCAGCUUUUGCCUCAUGAAGUACCAGCUGGCAAUGAGGACAGCUAGAGCUUUCCCUGCAACAGAGAACAGGGAAGAGACCACCAGGUAUAGGAAACAGAUCAUUGGUUUAACAAAAGGGAAGAAAAAUCCUGUUUUUUAGUCUGAGAAGGCAUAUGUGAUCCUGUCAUAAUGCACGCACAGACCUCAGGUGGUACAUACCCUGCCCUGAUGAAUCUGUGUUCACUGCCACAGACUAUUCCUCUGGCAGAAGGAAUCUGCCGUACCAUAUCAGACAUGAAUGCAGAACAAACAGUGGUUACACAGAAAACUUUAGUGGAGCAGUUAGUGAGAAGGUACCCAGGCAUCGCAGUUCCCUCCCAGGAAAUCUUAUACAACAUCCUUGGCACUCUAAUUAAAGCAAGGAAGAUCUAUCAUACAGGAGAGGGAUAUUUCACUGUUACCCCGAACACCUACUUUGUCACAAAUUAUGCUUCAGAAUGCAAUAAAAAGGACAGUGAGGACACUUACCAGGUGAACUGGGUGAGCUGUGCAGACCUAGUGAAAGAAAACAUCGCUACAGUAUCCCGUUGUCUCCCUGACCAGAAUACACUCUGUGAACAAAGACUUGGGCAGCUAAUGAGCCAGGAACCUACGGGAGGAGGCAAGAAGGGCUGCAGUGAAGGGAAGCCUUUGAUUCAAACUCAGUUCAUCUCAUCUGCUGAAAACCGUCCCUGGGACACCAUGAGAUCCCUGAUAUCAGUGAAAGAGAAGCUGAAAUGCAGAAGAUUUGGUCUUGGCCUUUUCUGGAGAGGUACCGCUAAAAAAGAAAAACAUAAGGAAUACUCAACGUUCUCAGCUCAGUUUCCCCCCAGGGAGUGGCCAGUCAGAGAUGAAGAUGACUUAGAUAAUAUUCCACGUGAUGUUGAACAUGAAAUCAUCAGGUGUAUUAACCCUACUCUUACCGUUGAUAAUUUGAUUAAACACACAAGAUUAAUGCAGAAGUUAGAAGAGAAGAAAAAAUAUACCACUAAGAGAACCUCGGCUGAAGUGUUAACACUAAGUGAAAAGUACCUUUCAAAGGAGUGUGUCCAAAAGGCACAAAUUAGAACAGCAAAACACAAAAGUAAAACAAAGUCAAACAAAGAGGAGCAAAUCAGCAGAAACAACAAGAAAUCUCACGAGCGUGAGCCAACAUCCCAAAGUGAGAAGCUAGAAGAGAACGUUUCGCUGCUUGUCACAAACCAACAGCUGCUCGAUGCAGCAGCAGAAUCCCAGGUCAUAUAUAAGAAGCAAAUUAAAAACCCUUUUCAGGGUCUCUCGUGGAAACACAACUUUUCUGCAAAAGCAUACAAGGGUCGUGUUAACAGUAAGCAGAAAUCCAGGAGACGAAAGCAGGAAAGAGAUUUACAAAGGUUUACAAAGUCCUUGGACUCUCCCAGAGCCUUUGAAUGUGAAGCUGAACAACCACUUGCUGAAAUGCAGGCUGACAACACUAAGCAAAACAAAUUACCCCAAGCUCGUAGGUUUUCCUUUCAAUUAAAGAAAAACACUUUAAGUGACAGUGUUAGUUACCCGCACAGCAGCACCUUGAGAAUAGAUGAUAAACAGAAAUACUUUCUGGAGAGCGAUGUUUUUGAUAAUGUCCACAGAGGAACAGUGAAAAGAAACCCUGGGGAUAUUAAAAACUCCCCAGACUCCUACAGCGAGGAUAAAAAUGUCCAUAAAGAAAGAGCCAAAUAUUCACUAUAUCCAAAAGGUGAGUGUUGCAGGUACAAAGCUGGCACUGUAUGUGAGUUGUUGGACCAAGCAGCAAAUGAAUUUCAAAAUGUCCAUCUCUCAAAUUAUACAACCAGUGCUACAAGGGACAAAGAAUUUGGUGUGACAUACAGACAAAAGUCAGAUGAAAAGAAUGAGCUUGUAUUUAAGUACGACUGUAUUAACUAUCCUGGAUCAACAAAGUCAGAAAGUGACAGGUUUACCAACAAAUGCCAUCUUCAGAAACAGAAAGCACGUGAUUGUGACAAGUGUGGAUUGUUGCAUCUGGAUGAUAAUUUUGGAUGCAAUGAAACACAUCAGUUGCUUUCUUGCCAGGCGUUUUCAGGUACAAGAGACUGGAGUAAAGCUGUGCAAAAGCUGGGGACUGCUCUAAAAAACUCUAAGGUUAAUAUUUAUCCAAACCAAUAUAAUACAGCUGUAAAUAGACAUGACGCUGGAGGGUACGGAUAUAAGGGAAGUGCUGAUUUUGCAGAAUUAAUUUGUGGCUCAGAAAAGCAUCAAAAGCCAGACCCCACAGAACAAAGCUGUCCAUGCAGCCAGCUUCUUCCAAUGGUUUCCAGAAAGGAGGAAGAAACCAGCUUUACUGAAUGCAAAAAGGCUUCAGCUAUAGAUUUCUGUGACACUAAUGAGGCUGAUGCUUUGCAGAGCCGCACCUGUGAGAUGGCAGAAGUAGUGGCAUGUCACACUCUGGAUCCACAAGCCAAAGAAACAAGAACCCCCCCAGGAAAAACAGGCCUUGUUUUAAAGAACAAAUAUACUGUGAUAUCAGGAGAGAAUCACACAGAAAGGGCAGAAAACCACAGCGUUACAGGAGACAGUGGGAUUGACUCCCCGAGAUGUGCUGAGAAGAAGAUGAAGCUUCCUGCUAAAUUCUGACAGCAUCAAUAGCGAUGUGUAGAGAACAGAGUGAAGGGCAGUGAAACUUGCUGUUUUUCAUGAGUUGUCAGCUCUUUAUUUGUAACAAUGAACUAUACUGUAAACUAUACUAGGCUUUUUGUCAACCUUUGGGGGUGCCAAUAACAGAACUAUCCGUGGUUUCGCUUGUUUGCUUUUGCAUUUCCUGCUCUAAUAAAAGCGAGGGCUGGCACAG